AUGCCUUCCGUCGACGUCGCAAUGGCUCGCAGCCUGCGGCCAACUACUUGGGAGGCUAUUACCGAUGUGCUCGCUAGAAACCUGGUCGCCCAGGCCCACAAGCGCGACAUUGUCGGUGAUGCGUCGCAGAAAGUCGGCGAUGUUAAGACUGCCUUUUCCAGCUGGGAUAACUGUAUGCAGGCCGCAUAUUGCAAGUGGCCCGUCAUCGCAAUCAUCAUUAUAGGCAGUCUGAUUAUUCUCUCGGUUCUCUGCCGCAAGCACAAGUACCUCGACGAGCCGUAUAUUCCUCCUCAUCACGGCUAUCAGCAACAGGCGCCCAUGCAGCCCCAAUUCCAUCCACCUCCUCCCCAGCAUCACGCGGCGCCGCAGUAUGCCUCCUUCGAUACGCCCAAGAAUCAAGAUUCCCUACCGCAGAUGCCCAGCUGGGAAGGCGCUGCCUCCCAAAAGGUUAUGCUUGAGGAGGAGGACAAUGCCGUCGAAAUGAACCAUCUCAAGAAGCCAGCACAGGACCCACGCAACCCACGUACAGGCUCACCUGCCGCCGGUGUCGUCAGCCCAAUGUCUGCUGCCGACGGCCGCGGGCCCUACAACCCCCCCAGCCGUGUUCCUCCCUACCGUGGGCCCGGCGGCCCUGGCGGCCCUGGACGAGCAUACACGUCUAAUAACGCUGCUCCAGGUCCUGGUGGAUUUGGCCAACGGCCUGUCAGCCCUCUCAACGAACCAGGAUAUGCGAACAGUGGCUACAAUCAAGGCGGCCCUGGUGGUUCCGGUGGCCCCGGUGGUUAUGGUAGCAAUGGCUACAAUAACGCCUAUAAUCAAAGCCCUGGCCAGAAUCGCAAUGCGCCUCACGAUUACAACACCAAUCACAUGUCAGAUGGCUAUGGCCUCGAUCAGCCAUACGACUCUCCUGACAUGAAUGCUGGCGGUCAUUCCGGUGCAGCCAUGGCUGGCGCAGGACUGGCCGGCGGACUGGCUGGUGCUGCCCUCGCCGCCGGUGCCAUGCGCAAUCAAUCGCGCAAUCAGUCGCGCAACCAGUCUCCCGCCCCGGGAUCCCACGGUUACGGCACGCCUCAGCAGCAGCCAGCAUCCCCGUAUACUGAGCUCUCCGCCGAGCCUAAUCCCUUCAGGUCACCAGAAGGCGGCUACGCCGAAAUGCCCAACGAGCCUCGUCGCCAGGACCAGCCUCAAGUCAACGUUCAUGCUGCCUUUGCAGAGAUGUCUGCUGGCGCUACGGCCAAGAGCCUCGUGCAUGAAGCGCCGAACAAGGAGCCAGAGCCAGUAGCCUACGAGAUGGCUACUGAUCAGGUAGCUCCAAUUGAGCUUGAUGGUGGCUAUGUCGGGCCAGUCCAGACAAAGCACGCCGAGGACUCGCCUCAUGCCUUUAGCGCCGAGUUAGCUGCUCCUGCUAGCCAUAGCCCGACUGCCCAGUCUCACCACGACGCGCCUGAAGUCUACGACCCUCAACAACAGAGGCCGUACGGCCAAGCCCAGUCUCCUCGCCAAGGCAGCGUGGACAGCAGAUCGGCUCCCGAGGGCUACGGGAUGAGACGCCAGCGUACUGGCGAUAACGGAGCGCCAUCUCCCCUGGGCCCCCAGCCGCCCUAUGGCAUGGAUCCUCGCAUGAGAAGCUCCCCCGGCCCCAUGUCCCCCCGAUCUCCAGGCCCUCGCAGCUCUCCCGGUCCUGGCUCUGGACCUCGACGCGGACCCGGUCCACGCCCCGACCAGCCAUUUAGUCCCUCGCCUCUGAACACGCCAGCGCACGGCGAGAGCCCCUACGGCCGUCCCGGCUACAAUCAAAGCCCUGGUCCCCACCGCGCGUACUCGCCUGCUCCUCGCCAGCCGCGCAGCCCCGAUCACAACGUGCCUAUUGCCCGGCCCAACAACCAGACAGCUUUUGCUGAGCCACAACCUCAGUCGCCCAUCACAAACAAUGCCGGAUUCGACUUUACCUCUGGCUUCGCGCGACCCCAGACCGCCAACAGCGAGCGCCGCCAGCCGCCGCCGCCGCCGCCGCCGCAGCAGCAGCAACAGCAGGGCUACCAGGGACAGCCUCGACCGUACAAUAACCAGGCACAGGGUGGCUGGAACGGUUAUUAA